CCGUCACGCACGAUAAGGACUGGAGAGUGACCGCCAUGGGAGUGACGGCACGACUAGUGCGCAUGCAAAAGAUGGCGCGCAGGGCCCUGAAAAUAGGAUCUCCGUCGGAAAUUAGCAAGCUCGCUAUGGCGCACAAUCUUUUGAAUGAGAAGUGUCGAUUCACUUGCGCUGCAGCACUGAGUGCGGGGAGGAGAGCCUAGAGCUUCCGGUUUUCCAUCCCUGGAAUUGGAAUCCUGGUCUCUACCUUGGCAUCCCCCCUGUGAGCGGCCCUGGGACUUGUUUUAGAGCCUUGCGUGCGUCAAUUGCGGCGAUCGAGAGUCAGCGACGCGUUGCUUUAACGGUGUUUUAGUUUUUCGGGUUUGGAGUUCUGGAUCUCUCAUGGUUGCUUAUGCGGGGGAAUGGGUAGUAGAGGGACGUGCUUUUGGAUGGUACGUGGACCUUGCACGCGUCGCUUCGUGGGCGAGGCUGUGGUCUGUCUCUGCUCGAGUGGGGACCUCCAUGGGAUCACGUUGGAGUGAGGAGGUCGAAGGCUAGAUGCUCGUGCUCUCAUCGGUCUAUGAGAAUGUGUUCUGGAUUUUGACUUCACGUUACAAGCAGAUAUAGUUAAUGGUGGCAGGCGUUAAGUCCACUUGGUGAUCGUGCUGGGGUAGAUAUAUUAGCUUAUUCCAUACUUCGUGGGCAUUUAGUGAUAGCAUUCAGGCAUUGAUUUCCGGGAAUGCAUCGUGUGAGGGAGGAAGAAGCUCGAGCUGGAAAUCGUAGUGAAAUGGCGUGAGAAGCGAUUUCAAUGUGCAAGUUUAGAUUACUUUUUUAACAACUUAUAGGUUCCAAAUACCAAUGUCACUGACCUUGUUGCAUCAACUGAAGCUAGCUUGAAGGCGUCGUUUGUAAAUGGGAAUGCGUAGAACGUGAAGAUAAUUUGCAGCAGCAGCAUUAGACAAGAGUUUUAUGACUUGUCGAUGACCUUGUUUAAAGUGCUUUGAAACUUGUAAUGGCGCUCAUGUGCUCGGGUUCCUCGAUUGCAGGUGUAACGCACAUUGGCAAAAUUCUCAUUAAAUCUGUCUUCAAGCUGCAACGAAGCAAUUCUCGAUGCUGAGUAGCUCUUCCAAUGUGUCACGCCAACUUGUCAUCUCACUCUUUCUCCUUCUGCUAGUUUUUUGUUUAUACAGACAGGGCUUCCAAGCAUUUGUUCCAUUUGUAUCCCUGGCAUGUGUAAACUCCGGAAACAGUGGUGACACACUGUUCCGUAAACUGGAUUUCUAACUGGGAACACCGACCGCUUGAUAUCUUGCAACACGCAUGAUGUAUCUGCCCGAGGGCCACCCUGAAUUAAAUUCUGUUCUAGACGCUAACACUUCUGUAAUCAGGAGGUAGUGUGUGUUGCAUCGUAUGAAUACUACCAAAGAGAAAUACGUUGCGAUGGGAGCGAACAGCAUGUCAAUGGAGGUCGCGGAGAAACCCAAGGGGAGGCUAUUCUCAGCAGUCUUACCCAGCGUCUGGUUGAUCAAGCUGAGGUCCUUGCGUCGAAGGUCGCAGAGCCUGAAAUCGACCGACAGCAGUGAGCCUGUCAUUCCCGACUCGGCGCCGUUUCUUCCCAAGAAGACUGUGGAGAACUGUUACAAGCAUGGUCCACUGGCAUCGGAAAUUUGUACUUUCAGCCCUCUUCAGGGUCCACAGGGCGUGGACAGUGAUGAUCCUGCCCGUCCAGGCUCUGAGAAUCACGCUGGCAGCGAGGUUGCUGUGUCUUCAACCCCAAGCAAGAAGGGCAUGGUCGUACGCCCCGAAGGGACCACCAGGUCGGUUGCGGUGACCUCUGUCUCCAACACCCCAUCCUCUACGACGUCUAUGUUUUCCAGGUGUCUGUACAAAUCUACAUUCUUCUCAGGGAUAAGAAAUUUGUGUAAGUUGGUGGGAGACGAAUCUAUUUCCAGGAAAGAGUCAAACCCUUCAAUUCAGUUCCGAAAGACGGCUACUCCGACGAUGAGGGCCUGGUUCUUGGUGGGUUGUGGGGGCACUCCACGGCGACGUUCUCGUCACAGCAGCCUCGAUAUGGAGAAAGAAUCGGGAUUAAUUGAGUUGGAUACGGAUUCAGGGCUGGAUUGCAUUGAGGAAGGAACGGGAGGGGAAGACUCUUGGCCUAAGAAGUCGGAGUCGUGGUCGGGAGCUAAUCCGACGCCAUGGAGCUGCGAGCUGAACAAUGAGGAACUUGUCAAAAAUCAAGUGGUCGUAAAGAAGAAGAAGAAGUUCUCUAAAAGCAGAGAGCUGAAAGGAGUGAAGGUGAAGUCUCCGGCAGAGUUGAAACCUGGGUCUAAACCCACACUUGGUCAUCUGUUUUCCACAAGAUCCGAUACGGACUCCCCACGGAAGAUCUACCCAGAAACCGAAGAAGAGUCCGAGAUUCACAUCGAGGACCCGAAGCUGGAUACUGUUCCGUGGAGAUCAACCUCUUUUGGCAGCGACAGCACCUUGAAUGCUCCCUGGGCAGGUUCUGAAUAUGGAUUGGGGCCUUCCGAAAGGAAACCAGCAACAUUCUUUUCGGAGUCCGAGCUUCCGGCGGCUUGCAAGGAAGAAGCGGAUGAUGGCAACACAUCAGAUAGUCAGAGCUUGCUGAGACAGAAGGUGCUCGCAGCUGAGCGGCUGCGUGAAGGCUCAAAGUCGUGGAGGGAGCAACAAAGGAUUGAUAUGAAACGAAAGGAUGCAGAUGCAGUGAAUCUCCUGGCGUCACUUGAUCAAGCUUUGGAGCAACGCAAUCUGAAGAGGCUGAUCGAAGAUGAGGAGGACAGUGAUCCUGGCUAUAACUCCAUAUUCGGGAGUCCCAGGUGCGAGCUGCACAGCUCUCCUGUAUUCGAAAGCUUCCUUGAAUCCUCCGCCAAGGCAUGGGGUGUCGAAUUCCCCAGUCAUAAGAUUGACGAUACCAAGAGCACCAGAUCAGGAUCCAUCAGUGACAAAAGCAGGGAGCUGCAUUGCAUUACUGUGCAGACAGCACCCGAAGUAAUGAAGUUGCGAGAAACCGCUCAAGAGCGGAAUAACAGAGGGAGAGAGAUUUCCCGUGCGGUGCGAGUCAAUCCGUCCUCGGCUGCCAAAGCACGAAAGCCGAAACGCCCUGGGGACAAGGAUGUUUCGAAGAGGCCAUCUCCGUCUAGAAAACCCAUUUCGAAGGAUACACGCGAAGAGAGAACCAUCCAUCCACAACGGGAGGAGAGCAUGGUGGAUCCAGAGCUUCAUGAAGAUUUCAACCAAGCCAGGAGGAAAUUCAAUGAAGCGAGAAAACGAACCAAGCAGCGACGAUCAAAGCAAGUGGCCUCUCUUCCUUCUCCUCCUGCUUCUGCUUCUGCUCCUGCUCCCAAGCCACCAGCAAGUGUUGCCAAGGAGAGAGUAGCUGUUGUGGUUGAAAGCUCAUAUGAUCCUUACAACGAUUUCCGCCAGUCCAUGAUCGAGAUGAUUGUUGACCAAGACAUUAAGGAAACCGGCGACUUGGAGGAGCUUCUGCAGUGCUAUUUAUCACUGAAUGAAGCGGAGUACCACAACGUUAUUGUGGAUGUCUUCACUGACGUUUGGCACGAGCUUUUUGAAAAUAAGAGUUAGGAACCCGUGAGGAGACGCAGAUGCUGCUCCACUCGAAGAAGAUUCUUGCCUUUUUGAGCAGAACAACUCAUUCGAAGCCGGAAGAAGUCCUGCCUGUCGUGAAUGAGCGGCUGAAAAAUGCUGUGAACCCGAUCCAGCACCGUUUAACCCCACUGGAAUCUGCAUGCACAUCCCUUGAACGCUGGAUUCCUCCAUAUUUUGCCUUCUAGGAGGCUUAGUUUUUCAUUUUGAAAUGAACGUAGGUUUUGACCUCGAACCGUGUGUAGAAGCUCAUAAAAGUCGGAUGUGGUAAUGUGCAUCAAUCCUGCCUACCGUCACGUAGAUAAACAUGUGAAAGCCUCUUAAUUUAUACAUUGAUUUUGCAUGAGAGUUGAGAAGCGUGCUAGACUGAACUUAGAUUUCAAAGCAGGUGAUAUGUGAACCCAAGCGCAGGCAAUACAAGCAUGAUGGGGGAGGACCUGAAGACAGACAGAGUAGUUAGAUAGACAUGAAAGAAAGGGUGACCUUCACAGAAAUAAGGUGUGGAUUUCGGUACGAAGAUGUGUGAGUGACAGCAUUCCUCUGAAGUUCGUGAACUUCAUGUGUAGGUAGGAUUGCUUUUUACCGAUGUACGUGCCAGAACUUUAGGCACGACUUCCGCAAGGGCACAUCUGUGGAAGACUCGCCACUCCUGUGAUUUAUGAUAUUUGUAGUGCUAGGUACAUGGGUGCCGGUGAUGCAGAGCGGAAAAUGCGCUUUGAGAAUGUAUAUCAACUGCCAGAGUGAUUGUUAGAAGUGAGUUAGAUGUGAUGUUCAAUAUAGAUCACAGACGAUAUGAAAAUUCUUGUACAUACAAUGAGGAACUUUCGCAGAUCCUUGUUUGCUUCAUUGACGUAGCCGUGACAGAUGUUACGCAGCGUAGUUGUUAAUUCUGACAAAUCAAUAAAUGAGCCAAUAUAACCAGUUUU